GUCAAACAGAAUUAAAUCCUUGUGACAGUCAUCCUUGUCAUAAUGGUGGAACUUGUUGUCCUACAUCUGGAAUGGAGUAUUACUGUGACUGUCCUAAAGGUUUCGAAGGUGAUAAAUGUCAAACAGAAUUAAAUCCUUGUGACAGUCAUCCUUGUCAUAAUGGUGGAACUUGUUGUCCUACAUCUGGAAUGGAGUAUUACUGUGACUGUCCUAAAGGUUUCGAAGGUGAUAAAUGUCAAACAGAAUUAAAUCCUUGUGACAGUCAUCCUUGUCAUAAUGGUGGAACUUGUUGUCCUACAUCUGGAAUGGAGUAUUACUGUGACUGUCCUAAAGGUUUCGAAGGUGAUAAAUGUCAAACAGAAUUAAAUCCUUGUGACAGUCAUCCUUGUCAUAAUGGUGGAACUUGUUGUCCUACAUCUGGAACUGAGUAUUACUGUGACUGUCCUAGAGGUUUCGAAGGUGAUAAAUGUGAAACAGAAGUAAAUCCUUGUGACAGUCAUCCUUGUCAUAAUGGUGGAACUUGUUGUCCUACAACUGGAGGGAAGUUUAGCUGUGACUGUCCUAGAGGUUUCAAGGGUAAAACAUGUGAUAUAGAAUUAAAUCCUUGUGACAGUCAUCCUUGUUAUAAUGGUGGAACUUGUUGUCCUACAUCUGGAACUGAGUAUUACUGUGACUGUCCUAAAGGUUUCGAAGGUGAUAAAUGUCAAACAGAAUUAAAUCCUUGUGACAGUCAUCCUUGUCAUAAUGGUGGAACUUGUUGUCCUACAUCUGGAAUGGAGUAUUACUGUGACUGUCCUAGAGGUUUCGAAGGUGAUAAAUGUCAAACAGAAUUAAAUCCUUGUGACAGUCAUCCUUGUCAUAAUGGUGGAACUUGUCCUACAUCUGGAACUGAGUAUUACUGUGACUGUCCUAGAGGUUUCGAAGGUGAUAAAUGUGAAACAGAAAUAAAUCCUUGUGACAGUAAUCCUUGUCAUAAUGGUGGAACUUGUUGUCCUACAACUGGAGGGAAGUUUAGUUGUGACUGUCCUAAAGGUUUCAAGGGUAAAACAUGUGAUAUAGAAAUAAAUCCUUGUGACAGUCAUCUUUGUCAUAAUGGUGGAACUUGUUGUCCUACAACUGGAGGGAAGUUUAGUUGUGACUGUCCUAAAGGUUUCAAGGGUAAAACAUGUGAUAUAGAAAUAAAUCCUUGUGACAGUCAUCCUUGUCAUAAUGGUGGAACUUGUUGUCCUACAACUGGAGGGAAGUUUAGCUGUGACUGUCCUAGAGGUUUCAAGGGUAAAACAUGUGAUAUAGAAAUAAAUCCUUGUGACAGUAAUCCUUGUCAUAAUGGUGGAACUUGUUGUCCUACAACUGGAGGAAAGUUUAGUUGUGACUGUCCUAAAGGUUUCAAGGGUAAAACAUGUGAUAUAGCAAUAAAUCCUUGUGACAGUCAUCCUUGUCAUAAUGGUGGAACUUGUUUACCUACAACUAGAGGGAGGUUUAGAUGUGACUGUCCUAGAGGUUUCAAGGGUAAAACAUGUGAUAAAGAAAUAAAUCCUUGUGACAGUCAUCCUUGUCAUAAUGGUGGAACUUGUUGUCCUACAACUGGAGGGAAGUUUAGCUGUGACUGUCCUAGAGGUUUCAAGGGUAAAACAUGUGAUAUAGUAAUAAAUCCUUGUGACAGUAAUCCUUGUCAUAAUGGUGGAACUUGUUAUCCAACAACUGGAGGGAAGUUUAGAUGUGACUGUCCUAGAGGUUUCAAGGGUAAAACAUGUGAUAUAGAAAUAAAUCCUUGUGACAGUCAUCCUUGUCAUAAUGGUGGAACUUGUUGUCCUACAACUGGAGGGAAGUUUAGCUGUGACUGUCCUAGAGGUUUCAAGGGUAAAACAUGUGAUAUAGCAAUAAAUCCUUGUGACAGUCAUCCUUGUCAUAAUGGUGGAACUUGUUUACCUACAACUAGAGGGAGGUUUAGAUGUGACUGUCCUAGAGGUUUCAAGGGUAAAACAUGUGAUAAAGAAAUAAAUCCUUGUGACAGUCAUCCUUGUCAUAAUGGUGGAACUUGUUGUCCUACAACUGGAGGGAAGUUUAGCUGUGACUGUCCUAGAGGUUUCAAGGGUAAAACAUGUGAUAUAGAAAUAAAUCCUUGUGACAGUCAUCCUUGUCAUAAUGGUGGAACUUGUUGUCCUACAACUGGAGGGAAGUUUAGCUGUGACUGUCCUAGAGGUUUCAAGGGUAAAACAUGUGAUAUAGAAAUAAAUCCUUGUGACAGUAAUCCUUGUCAUAAUGGUGGAACUUGUUGUCCUACAACUGGAGGGAAGUUUAGUUGUGACUGUCCUAAAGGUUUCAAGGGUAAAACAUGUGAUAUAGAAAUAAAUCCUUGUGACAGUCAUCCUUGUCAUAAUGGUGGAACUUGUUGUCCUACAACUGGAGGGAAGUUUAGCUGUGACUGUCCUAGAGGUUUCAAGGGUAAAACAUGUGAUAUAG